UAUAAUUUUUAAAACUAUAACACUAAUGUCAUGCAGUUGGCAAAGAUGGAAACAUGGCGGGACUACUCACUAAUUGUGGUCCGUGCCGAAAUGAUUGUUUGGUUUCUCUUUUGGUUAUAGGGCCAGCAGAAUUAUGUUGCAAAGUUUCUGAAGGAUUACAUGAAAGUGCAAAGGAAAGGAAAUGGCAUAUUGUUGUACAUCAGUGUGAACUUGUUGAUAAAAUCAUACAAUCGAAUUUAACGCUAGGUGUAGAUUUCAUUAUUUUUGUUUUUGAUUGGACUACUCAAUCUUUAUCUGAAGUAGAAACAAAUAUAAGUCUCAUAGAUGAACAUUACAUCAUUUCUGGAGCUGCAUGCCUUGUGAAUUGCAGAGGAAUUUCAAAUAUUAUGGGCUUAACUUUUCAUAAGUCAGCAAAAAUACGAGAGAAAUACAACAUUAAAUUUUUAUCAGCUAAUGUUUUUAAACCACACAUUUGUAUACAAUUAGGUAAUAGAAUAUUGAAUUUAGUAGAAGCUAUAUUGGGUAUAACAAGUGGAAUUCCUAUUAUUGGGAUAUAAAUAAUAUAAAAUUUUAUAAAACUUGAACUUAUAUUUUAAUGUUAAA